AGCAAUUAUCGACAAAAUUAGUGGCAUUGCCUAGUGGCACGACAUGGCGGCUGCUUCGAUCUUCAAAGAUGUUCCUGGAGUUCCUACAGAUCAUGUUUUCUGUGUCAAUCAGAUGUACAAAGAUGACCAGAAUCCCAAUAAAGUCAACAUGGGAAUUGGAGCUUAUCGCGACAAAGAUGGAAAUCCAAUGGUACUACCAGUGGUUUUGAAUGUUGAGAAGCGACUCGCUGAGGAAAUCGCAUCGAAAAUUCUAAAUCAUGAGUACUUAUCAAUCGAUGGUCUAAAGUCCUUUUGUGAUGCGGCUAGCAGACUGCUUUUGGGAAAUGACAGCCCUGCGCUGGUAGAGAAUAGGGUUUGUUCAGCUCAGGCGAUCUCUGGCACAGGAAGUCUUCGUCUUGGGAUGGAGUUCUUGAAGAAAUUCUACCACUCAGAAGUUAUCUAUGUCUCCAAUCCUACAUGGGGAAACCACAAGAAGAUGCUCUUAGCCACUGGUUACAAGGCUGAAAACAUCAAGGAUUAUCGUUACUUUGAUAAAGCAACAAAAGGUUUGGAUUUCCAGGGCAUGUGGGAAGAUUUAGAGAAUGCUCCAGAUAACUCAAUAAUCCUGCUUCAUGCCUGUGCACACAAUCCAACUGGAGUAGAUCCCGACCAGGAACAGUGGCAAAGGAUUGCUGAGAUAAUGAAGAGAAAAAAGCUGUUUCCCUUGUUUGACAUAGCUUACCAAGGAUUUGUGUCAGGUGACCCUGAUGAGGAUGCUUGGGCUGUACGCUACUUUGUUAGUCAAGGAUUUGAAAUGGUCAUAGGACAAUCAUUUGCCAAGAACUUUGGAUUAUACAAUGAGAGGGCAGGUCAUACAUGUGUGGUGACAACAGAUAAUGAAACAGCUGAACGUAUCCGUAGCCAGCUCAAGGCAAUCAUCCGCCCAAUGUGGUCAAAUCCACCCAAUCAUGGUGCACGUAUUGUAGCAACCAUACUGAACAACCCAGCCCACGCUGCCGAAUGGCGCGAAACUUUAAGGACGAUGGCUGGGCGUAUUUUAGAGUGCCGAAAACUCCUUUACAACAAGCUGAAAGAACGUGGAACACCAGGAACGUGGAACCAUAUUGUGGACCAGAAGGGAAUGUUUGGAUUUACAGGAUUGAAUGUAAAACAAGUGGAAUUCUUAGCCAAGUCUUACCACAUCUACUUGCUGAACAGCGGACGGGUAAACAUUUGUGGGAUCACUCACCAUAACGUCGACUACAUCGCUGAGGCGAUUCAUGAAGCUGUCACCACAGUUACCGACUGAUCAAGUCUAUAGCUUUUGGUUGCUGGUUAUUUUUGUUGUUGUGAAAGCUAAUCUGUGUGAAACCUGCGUG